AUGGAGUCGAAGAAGACUGCUUCGUCCUGGUCCCCGUCAGGCAGAAGCAACAAUAACAACUCAGACAGCAACGCCAACCAAAAUGACUCAGACUUCGGGGAUCAAGACAAAUGCCCGGAAAUUGAAAAUAGCACAGUCUCUGAGCCUUCGAUGUCGGGAUGCGGAACUCCGGCUCCCAGUUUCGCCUCUAGUCCCUCCUUGAAUCUGGCGUUGAGUUCAGCUCCGAGUCCAUCCUUGAGUCGAGUCUCAAGCCCAGGCUCAAGUCGAUCAAGAAGUCCCAAUCAGGGUGAACAGAGCCCAAAUGUCGAUCACGAAGCGCAUCGUCCGGUCGAGCCCAUGAUCGUAUCUUCCGACCAAGUCGGCCAACCUUCCCCUCCGAGACCGGCGGACCUGCGGCCUGAGUUUUUCAUAUAUCGCCCUAAUCUGACGCGAGUGCCGCUCAUCGCGGUCGAUGAGUUACCCCCUGAGAUUAUCCUCGGAGGACGAACGGACUGGGUGUCCAAUGAGACCUUGUUGGCGGAUAUGGCUCCUGUUAGUAACUGGACAGUCCCAUGGUCUGGGGUGUAUAAUGUUCAAUUUGUUGCAAAUGCACAUGGGAGAAGCGCUGCCUAUGACCAUGGAGGAAGGGAAUGUCAACCAGAACCAGUCCCUGUGCCAAUGGUAAAUGGAACGGAAGAAUAUACGGCGUUAGAGGAUUCGUCAAACAAUUCAUGGCAGGGGCUCGGGGUUUUGCUGGACACGGCAUACUACGACGAAGCCCCCCAAGAAGGAUUCCCUCCUAUCUAUUAUGAUAAUUAUCAAGAUUGGGCUGAACAAUCGAUGGAGGUAAAUUUACCUUCGUCUUCAACACUGGCACCGCAGUUCGGGAGUCCCGGGCAGCCUGAGACAACUUAUAUCAUACACGAUUCACCAGCAACAAGCACAAUGCCAGAAACUUUGCAGGGAACCGGCGUCAGCGAUCCCCUAGUCAAUCAAGUUACGGAAGCUCCUAUGCAAGAUGAUGCCGGACAUGAUGAUUUGGGCCCUUCACGCCAUCGGCGCUACUCUAUGUAA